AUGUCGUCCCCAACCGCCCCAAAGAAGUCGUCGACGUGCGCAAGUGGAAGACCAUCAACCAGCCCCUCAAGCUCCCUCUCCAAACCCUCCUCCAACACCUCCCAGAAAGACGCCUUCAGUUCAUGGCUCAACAUCCAAAACGGCAAAAUAGUCCCCAAAUCACAAUUGCAACCGCCCCCGGACCCGAAACUUAGCACCUCCUUCGACGACGACUCAGACCUCUCCGACGACGAGGAAUUCUUCGAGACCGAUGGAUGCGGCAAGGUCAAGCCGCAUAGUCAGAUGGAGGCGGCUGUGAGCUCGUUUAUUCAGAAACGGAAGGCGAGGAGCGAGUGUGAGGGGGUGAAGGAGGGAGAGGAGUGCCAGGGUUGGUGGCGACGGAGGAAGGAGGAGAAGGCUUGGCAGAGGGAGAGGAUGGGAAAGGGGGAUGGGUAUGUUUAUUGA